UAUUACAUUACUUAAAGGCAAUAAUUUCUUAACAUUGUCAUUCAUUGUUGUAUUUGAUCUGUCAUAUUUGUUCUUUACACAUAGAAGUUGUUGACUUCUACUCAGAUAAGGGUGUUUACUGUUUGUGCAAUGAUACCUUUGCUACAAGACUAUUGAUAAAAUGUUGGUGUUGCAGUAUGUUCAGUGGUAUUGUACUGAGUGGUUAAUACUUCUAAAUAUAUUUUUCUAAAUAUCUUGCACUAUGUCAAAAGAUAUUAAUACCAACUUAGAUUUAUUCUCAGUUGAUUCUGAUAAUAAGAAUGGUAAAAAGUGUAUCAAGUGGUUAAAAAGCAAAUAUUAUUCAAACAAAAAGAAGUGUGUAGCUAUUGGCAGUAUACGCCAUAAAAGUGUUUAUUUUGAAACACUGAGUGUUUCUAGUGUUAAAAGAAGCUUGAAUAGAAUUUGUAGAAAGUUGUUUAAAUCUCCUACAAGUGGUUAUGAAAAGUUUCUAUCAGAUGAAGAGAAAAGGUUUUAUUUUACAACCAAUCAUAGUUUGGUGGAGGGUGUUUACUAAUCUAUCUUAAUUCUUUUACUCAUACCUACUUAUAUAUUCUUUCGUAUGUGUGUUGUCAUAUCUUGUUUCUAGAAUAUAAAAAAAACUAACAGGUGGAUGGAUGACAGUACCGCAAGGGCUCAGCAAUUGUCCGCCAGGAUUGGAAUACCUUUCUAUGAUUGAUGGAUUACUGGUACAUCAAAAGGUGGAGCUUUUGGAGGCAUUUGUGGGUUUUGAGACCAACAACAAGUACACAGUGAAAAAUAGUGUUGGCCAAAAAGUUUACUAUGCUGUGGAAGACAAUGAUUGCUGUACCAGAAACUGCUGUGGACCUAUGCGACCUUUCGACAUGAAAAUCAUGGAUAAUUUCAGGAAUGAGGUCAUCCACCUCCAUCGUCCACUGGCUUGUGAUUCGUGCUGGUGCCCAUGCUGGCUGCAAAGCAUGGAGGUCUCUGCCCCACCAGGCACUGUGAUUGGCUCCAUUGAACAAGAAUGGUCUAUUUGCAAGCCCUGUUACGUCAUUAAAAACGCUGCAGGUGACGUCGUCCUUAGAAUCAAGGGACCGCUGUGCACAUUCUCCAUUUGUGGAGAUGUUGAAUUUCAUGUUUACUCCAAAGAUGGAGAAACUAAAGUUGGUAAGAUUACGAAACAAUGGUCUGGUUUGGCGCGGGAGGCAUUCACCGAUUCUGAUUACUUCGGAAUUACUUUCCCUAUGGAUCUGGAUGUCAAAAUAAAGGCCGUUCUUUUGGGAGCCUGCUUCCUCAUUGACUUCAUGUUCUUUGAGAAAUCUGGAAACCAGGAGACUGACCGUCCUGGUAUGCUGUAAACGUAAGGAUUCACACUCAGGCGAGAUGUAAUCCGCCAUUAUAACCUGUGAAAUUUUGAUAUGUCUAUAUUUUUUAAUUGUUUUUAUUUUUGGAUUACUUAUUUACUUGGUUAUACUUUAAUGGUUUAAAGAAUCUCUAACUUUUAUACUAACAUACAUAUAGUUUGUGGCGAUGCUGACGUUUGGUAUGGCUGAUUGCCCAAGAUCUGACUAAAAUAGCGCUCUGUUUUAUUUUCAAUCUAAUUCUUCUAUGAAUUGAUUCAUGAGCCGUCCAUCCAUCAAUUUGCAUGCUUUGAAGCGCAAAACAGACACACGUGUGGUCCACUUUAAAAAUGGUAUUGGAUCUAAACAUUGGAAAAUAAAUUAAUGUAUCACUUGAUUUUAGAUACCAACCUAGCGCCGCCACUUAUUACAUUAAUAUUAAAAGCAUGCGUGUUUAAACUUAUGAGAAUAUUAUAAUUUCUUGUUUAUUAUGUUAAAGUCAUACGCACUAAAUAGUUGUGUAAGCUUAAAGUGAUUAUUUACGUUAUUGUGAUCUUUUUUAAUGCAAAUUUUAUUAUUCUUUAUAUAUAACUACAUAAUGUCACACUUAUGUAUUAUAAGAUAUAAUCACCAGAACUAUCUCGAAUACAUUAUCUCAUGUAGUCAAAUGAGCUUAGUCUAUUUGGUAUGAAUACUGCUAGUCGACGAUAAAGUCCACUAAUCAAAUUAGUGGAUGUAUGGAUCAUUGUUAUGAAUCCAUUGUUAAGCAGGACAGCUCACCUAAUUUAUAAAAGCAUAAGCGUGGUUUUAUGUGACAAUAAUUACGAUAGAACUUUGUAAAUGAUAUAUUGAAAAUAUUUAUCUCACAAUGAGAAUCUCUUAAAUUAUUUGGAAUUUUAAUAUUUUACAAAAUGACUUAUGAGUUUUAAAACUUAUUUACUUUUUUUAAACAAUGCAACCAUUUCUAUACAUGUAUAUUCUGUUAUGUAAUGUUCCAGCAGCCUCCUUUUAUUAUUCUAGUCUUUUUACAAUUUGUGCUGUGUAUUGCAUUUUAUGCUUUUUGUCCCUGCUGUCAUGUGUUAUAUUCUUGACUACAAAUAUGCAAAAAUCGUGUGCAUAUUUAGAGUUGUUCUUCCUAGUGUCCUGUAUAUAAUAAUAUGUUGCGUAAUAGGCCACUGGUGUAAGCCAAGCCAUAAUAAACUUGCACCAUGUCUAUACUACUGUAUUACCCAUUGUUAGGAGACAAAUAACCCCAUAUUGUGACAAGCAGUGUAUAAAACUUAUGAAGUUGUGCCUGCAAAUGUAUUUUGCAAUACGAAAUGGAGCUUUAUACUCUCGUUUUCUUGCAUUGUUAGAUUAAUAAUAUAAUGAAGAAGUGUACUACAGUAUAGUUUAUAGUUACUUUGAAACUAUGUCAAAAGGUGUAUUUUGCGGAAUGUUAGUGUUAACCGGCGUUCACUUAUCCUAGAAAUAGUUUUAAGACUAUAUAAAAUUAAAUGUGACUUCUGCUUUUUAUACAGGUGCUAAACGAAUUACUAUUUGUACUUUGACGUAGAACGCAUUUAUUUAUCUGUAUUAGUCAUAUAAGAGACGAGUACGAAAGUGCUUUUACAUAUUGAACAACAAAAUUACUAGCCUUUAUCUAUGAACUGUAAUUUUGGUAAAAUGUUUAAAACCAGAAUUUCGUCGAUGGUUAGUUUCAUGAGUAACUGGCAUGGCCAGUAAUGCAAGGUUAUUCAAAUUUACACACAAAAAUAUGUAUUCAUGUGUAUAAAGAUAGACCUACCAAAGUUAUAAAAUACAAGUAAUUACAUAUUUGUCUUGUUUGGUACAACUUGGUACUUAUUUUAGUAGCUCGAGUAUGCAUGAGGUCAAAUAUUGAUGCAGGAUUUUAAAUUACACUAAUUGUUUUAUAAAAAUACUAUUUGGUAUACUAUUUACUUAUUGAUCUAAAAAUUUAUAUAAUAUAUAUGUAGCUA